GUGGAGCCUUCAGACUCCCGGCGCCAUUUAGCGCGGAGAGUUUCCUCGGCGGACGCGGCUCUUCUAACUCGGCCACUCUGCGCCUCCGUCUUCGGUGACAGAAGGCGCCUGGUGGGGGUGACUACUCUUUUCUCUCCCUAUCCCCCUUCACCCAGUCCUCUCGGUCUCCUCUGCUCUCUAUCCAGAGAAGCAGCGGAGCUCGGGCCCCGCGGUGAGCGGCCCUCCCCUCCCCACCGUUCCCUCCCUCAGUCAGCCCCCGGCACCGGCCCGGGAGGAGACGGGGGUUUGCCAGGCCCGGGGCGGGCGGGGAGGCCUCGGGGAAGGGGGGGCCCGCUCCUCAGGCACCGAGGUUUCGAGGCUUCGGUCUUCCCCAUCCGGGCGAUGGACGCCUUGUGAGACUGGUCCCCCUCACUGGGGGCGCGUGUGGGAGGCGGCGACCGACUGACUGUCCGGGGGCCCCAGGGCCCGGCCCUCCCUCUCCUUCCCCGGCCCCUCCCACUCUCUUUGGCCCUGGAGUUGCCACCGUUCGGGAGUCCGUGGUAGUCCCUGCCUCGCGUUGCCACCGCCCUCGGGGCCUAGCCCGCCCAGCCCGCGAAGCGGCGGGGAGCUGGAGCGGUCGCCGCAUCCGCCGCAUCCGCUUCGACUCAGUGCCGGCACCUUGCCCUGCCCCUCAUGACUGCGGCGCCUCUGCUGCUACAGCCUUCCCGGCCGCCGCUCGCCGCAGGAUGGAUGUGGACCGCGAGGUGCUAACCCUGGUGGCUCAGCUCCUGGAUCGUCCGCCGACGAGCCCGCCUUGUGAGCCGCAGCAGCCGCCGCAACUGGGCCCCGUGUCCCGCUUCGCCUUUGGGGUGACUUGUCAUUGCUGAGUAAGGAGUCGUCCGGGUCGAUCCGAACCCUCAGGGGAGCAGGAGCCGUCGUAGCUGGGCCUGUCGACCUUCACCCUUCCUCGGGUCGGCCCCUUGCCCUCUGUUCAUUCUCAAAUUCGAGACUGCCCGCCUCGCUCCAGCGGACCGACCAUGUCUGGCGGCGCCGCGGAGAAGCAGAGCAGCACUCCGAGCUCUCUGUUCCUCUCGCCGCCUGCGCCUUCCCCCAAGAAUGGCUCCAGCUCCGAUUCCUCUGUUGGGGAGAAACUGGGCACGGCGGGAACCGACGCUGGAACUGGCAGGACUGAGGAGUAUCGGCGUCGCCGCCACACUAUGGACAAGGACAGCCGUGGAGCAGCCGCGACCACCACCACAGAGCACCGCUUCUUCCGCCGCAGCGUCAUCUGCGACUCCAACGCCACUGCAUUGGAACUGCCGGGUCUGCCACUUUCUCUGCCCCAGCCCAGCGUCGCCGCGGUGGUUCCGCAGAGUACUCCACCAGAGCUCCAGCGCGAAGAGACCUUGACCGCUACCGCCGCUUCCCAGGUAGCCCAGCAGUCUCCCGCCGCUGCUACUGCUGUCUCUGGGGAACCGGCCGCCGCGGGCCCUGUCGCCACGACUGCCCCCAGUAGUACCAGCAAAGACCGCCAAGUUUCUCAGCCCAACCAUGUGGGGAGCAAGGAGGAGCCUCCGUCGGCGAGAAGUGGCAGCGGCGGCGGCAGCAGCGCCAAGGAACCACAGGAGGAACGGAGCCAGCAACAGGAUGAUAUUGAAGAGUUGGAGACCAAGGCCGUGGGAAUGUCCAAUGAUGGCCGCUUUCUCAAGUUUGACAUCGAAAUUGGCAGAGGCUCCUUUAAGACGGUCUACAAAGGUUUAGACACUGAAACCACUGUGGAAGUCGCCUGGUGUGAACUGCAGGACCGAAAGUUAUCCAAGUCCGAGAGGCAGAGAUUUAAAGAAGAGGCUGAAAUGUUAAAGGGUCUUCAGCAUCCCAAUAUUGUUCGAUUCUAUGAUUCCUGGGAAUCCACAGUAAAAGGAAAGAAGUGCAUUGUUUUGGUGACUGAACUUAUGACAUCUGGAACACUUAAAACGUACCUGAAAAGGUUUAAGGUGAUGAAGAUCAAAGUUUUAAGAAGCUGGUGCCGUCAGAUCCUUAAAGGACUUCAAUUUCUUCAUACUCGAACUCCACCUAUUAUUCACCGAGAUCUUAAGUGUGACAACAUCUUUAUCACUGGCCCUACAGGCUCAGUCAAGAUUGGAGACUUAGGUCUGGCAACCCUGAAGCGGGCUUCUUUUGCCAAGAGUGUGAUAGGUACCCCAGAGUUCAUGGCCCCUGAAAUGUAUGAGGAGAAAUACGAUGAAUCUGUUGACGUUUAUGCUUUUGGGAUGUGUAUGCUUGAGAUGGCCACAUCUGAAUACCCUUACUCAGAGUGUCAAAAUGCUGCGCAGAUCUACCGUCGAGUGACCAGUGGAGUGAAACCAGCCAGUUUUGACAAAGUAGCAAUUCCUGAAGUGAAGGAAAUUAUUGAAGGUUGCAUUCGGCAAAACAAAGAUGAAAGAUACUCCAUCAAAGACCUUUUGAACCAUGCCUUCUUCCAGGAGGAAACAGGGGUGCGGGUAGAAUUAGCAGAAGAAGAUGAUGGAGAAAAGAUAGCCAUUAAAUUAUGGCUACGUAUUGAAGAUAUUAAGAAAUUAAAGGGAAAAUACAAAGACAAUGAAGCUAUUGAGUUUUCCUUUGACCUGGACAGGGAUGUGCCAGAAGAUGUUGCUCAAGAAAUGGUAGAGUCUGGGUAUGUCUGUGAAGGUGAUCACAAGACCAUGGCGAAAGCCAUCAAAGAUAGAGUGUCUUUAAUUAAGAGAAAACGAGAGCAGCGGCAAUUGGUGCGGGAGGAGCAAGAAAAAAGAAAGCAGGAAGAGAGCAGUUUCAAACAGCAAGUGGAACAACAAUCCAGUGCUUCCCAGGCAGGAAUCAAGCAGCUCCCUUCUGCUAGCACCGGCAUACCUACUGCCUCUGCCACUUCAGCUUCAGUUUCUACACAAGUAGAACCUGAAGAACCUGAGGCAGACCAACAUCAACAACUACAGUACCAACAACCUAGUGUAUCUGUGUUAUCUGAUGGGACUGUUGACAGUGGUCAGGGAUCUUCUGUCUUCACAGAAUCUCGAGUCAGCAGCCAACAGACAGUUUCAUAUGGUUCCCAACAUGAACAGGCACAUUCUACUGGCACACUCCCAGGACAUACAGCUUCUAUUGUCCAAGCACAAUCUCAGCCCCAUGCUGUAUAUCCACCCUCAAGUAUGCCUCAGUCCAUGGCGCAUCCGUGUGGGGGGACCCCAACAUACCCAGAAUCACAGAUAUUUUUCCCAACUAUUCAUGAACGUCCAGUUUCUUUUUCACCACCUCCCACCUGUCCACCGAAGGUGGCCAUUUCCCAGCGACGUAAGAGCACCUCCUUCCUGGAAGCUCAAACUCACCACUUCCAACCCCUGCUGAGGACUGUUGGCCAAAAUCUUCUUCCACCUGGUGGCAGCCCAACUAACUGGACACCAGAGGCCGUAGUUAUGCUGGGUUCUACAACCAGUAGAAUAUCCGGAGAGCCAUGUGAUAUACAGGUCAAUCCUAUAUUUGAACCAGCUCAAGUUUACAGUGACUAUAGACCUGGACUAGUACUUCCAGAAGAAGCUCACUAUUUUAUUCCUCAGGAAGCAGUGUAUCUAGCUGGGGUACAGUACCAGGCCCAGGUGGCAGAACAGUAUGAGGGUAUUCCAUACAACUCACCAGUACUGUCAAGUCCUAUGAAACAGAUACCUGAACAGAAGCCAGUACAAGGGGGCCCUACUUCAAGUUCUGUCUUUGAAUUUCCAUCUGGACAGGCUUUCUUGGUAGGACACCUUCAGAAUUUAAGAUUAGAUUCUGGAUUGAGUCCAGGAUCUCCCCUCUCUAGUAUUUCUGCACCUAUCAGUACAGAUGCUACACGUUUGAAAUUUCACCCUGUCUUUGUUCCUCAUUCUGCACCCGCUGUGUUAACUCAUAACAGUGAGAACAGAAGCAAUUGUGUAUUUGAAUUUCAUGUUCACACUCCAAGCUCCUCUUCAGGAGAAGGAGGAGGAGUUUUACCUCAGCGUGUUUACCGAAAUCGACAGGUUGCGGUGGACUUGAAUCAGGAAGAACCACCUCCUCAAUCAGUUGGAGUACAUGGCCGCCUGCAGCCUGUGACUGAAGAACAGCAUAAUUACCAUGUCCCAGAAUUGACUGUUUCUGUGGUAGAGCCUAUCGGACAGAACUGGCCAAUAGGAAGCCCAGAAUAUUCCAGUGAUUCCUCACAAAUUACUUCUUCAGACCCCAGUGAUUUUCAGUCACCUCCCCCUACAGGGGGAGCACCUGCACCUUUUGGCUCUGACGUCUCAUUACCCUUUAUCCGUCUACCUCAGACAGUGUUACAAGAAUCCCCACUUUUCUUCUGUUUCCCCCAAGGAACCACAUCUCAGCAGAUUUUAUCUGCCUCAUUUUCUUCAGGAGGAUCUGCACUCCAUCCACAGGCACAGGGGCAGAGCCAGGGUCAACCAUCCUCAAGUAGUGUAACAGGGGUUUCAUCUUCCCAAUCUAUACAACAUCCUCAGCAGCAGCAUGGAAUACAGCAGACAGCCCCUCCUCAACAAACAGUACAGUAUUCACUUCCACAGACAUCAACCUCCAGUGAGGCCACUACUGCACAGCCAGUGAGUCAGCCUCAAGCUCCACAGGUCUUGCCUCAAGCAUCAGCUGGAAAACAGCUUCCAGUUUCCCAGCCAGUACCAACUGUCCAAGGCGAACCUCAGAUCUCAGUUGCGACACAACCCUCAGUUGUUCCAGUGCAUUCUGGUGCUCAUUUCCUCCCUAUGGGACAGCCACUUCCUACUUCCUUACUCCCUCAGUACCCUGUCUCUCAAAUUCCUGUAUCAACUCCUCAUGUGUCCGCGGCUCAGACAGGUUUCUCAACCCUUCCCAUCACAAUUGCAGCUGGCCUUAAUCAGCCUCUGCUCACCUUGGCUUCAUCUGCUACAGCAGCCGCAAUCCCAGGGGGAUCAACUAUGGCUCCUAGUCAGCUACCAGCCCUUCUGCAGCCUGUGACUCAGCUGCCAAGUCAGGUUCACCCACAGCUCCUGCAGCCAGCAGUUCAGUCCAUGGGAAUACCAGCUAACCUUGGACAAGCUGCUGAGGUUCCACUUCCCUCUGGAGAUGUUCUAUACCAGGGCUUCCCACCUCGACUGCCACCACAAUACCCAGGAGAUUCAAAUAUUGCUCCCUCUUCCAGCGUGGCUUCUGUUUGCAUUCCUUCUACAGUCCUAUCCCCUCCAAUGCCGACAGAAGCAUUAGCUACACCAGGUUACUUUCCUACAGUGGUGCAGCCUUAUAUGGAAUCAAAUCUUUUGGUUCCUGUGGGCAGUGUAGGAGGACAGGUUCAAGUGUCCCAACCAGCAGUGAGUUUAGCACAAGCCCCCACUGCAUCCUCCCAGCAAGCAGCUCUGGAGAGUACUCAGGGAGUCUCUCAAGUUGCUCCUCCAGAGCCAGUUUCGGUAGCACAGCCACAGCCCACCCAGCCUGCCACUUUGGUCUCUUCUAUAGAUAGUGCACAUUCAGAUGUUGCUUCAGGUAUGAGCGAUGGCAAUGAGAAUGUGCCAUCAUCUGGUGGAAGGCAUGAAGGGAGAACUGCAAAACGGCAUUAUCGAAAAUCUGUAAGAAGUCGCUCUCGUCAUGAAAAGACUUCACGCCCCAAAUUGAGAAUUUUGAAUGUUUCAAAUAAAGGAGACCGGGUAGUAGAAUGUCAGUUAGAGACUCACAAUCGGAAAAUGGUUACAUUCAAAUUUGAUUUAGAUGGUGACAAUCCCGAGGAGAUAGCAACAAUUAUGGUGAACAAUGACUUUAUUCUAGCAAUAGAGAGAGAGUCGUUUGUGGAUCAAGUACGGGAAAUUAUUGAAAAAGCUGAUGAAAUGCUCAGUGAGGAUGUCAGUGUGGAACCCGAGGGUGACCAGGGAUUGGAGAGUCUACAGGGAAAGGAUGACUAUGGCUUUUCAGGUUCUCCGAAAUUGGAAGGAGAGUUCAAACAACCACUUCCUGCAUCUUCCAUGCCACAGCAAAUAGGCAUUCCUACCAGUUCUUUAACUCAAGUUGUUCAUUCUGCUGGAAGACGGUUUAUAGUGAGUCCUGUACCAGAAAGCCGAUUACGAGAAUCAAAAAUUUUCACCAGUGAAAUAUCAGAUACGGUUGCCGCCUCUACAUCUCAUGGCCCUGGGGUGAACUUGUCCCACUCUGCUUCUUCCCUUAGUCUACAGCAGGCCUUUUCUGAACUUAGACAUGCCCAAGUGACAGAGGGACCCAAUACAGCACCUCCCAACUUCAGUCAUAUAGGACCAACAUUUCCAGUAGUACCUCCUUCCAUGAGUAGCAUUGCUGGAAUCCCAACGACAGCAGCAGCCGUACCUUCAAUAUCAGUCCCUGUAACUAGCUGCCCUCUUAAUGACAUUUCCACAUCAAUAAUUCAAUCUGAGAUUACAGUGCCCACUGAAAAAGGAGUUGCUGGAGUUGCCACCUGCACAGGUGUAAUAACUUCAAGUGGUUUCCCAGUACCACCUGCAUCUGAAUCACCAAUUCUUUCCAGUGUGGUUUCAAGUAUCACAAUACCAACAGUUGUCUCAGUAUCAACAACAUCCCAGUCAGUUCAGGCUCCCACAUCUGGGAGCGUUGUUUCUAGUAUAGGCACUUUCCCUUCUAUACCAGUUUCAGCAACUUCAGCCUCUGCAGUGGGCAGUGCUGCUGCCCCAGGGGCUAAGUCUCCACCUUUGUUAUCUGAGCAGUCAGCAGGCAUUACUACAGGGAUAGCCACAUUAACAUCAGUUUCUACCACCACUCCAUUCCCAAGCACAGCUUCACAGCUAUCUCUUCAGCUUAGCAGCAGCACCUCUGCUCCUACUCUAGCUGAAACAGUGGUGGUUAGUGCACACUCACUAGAUAAAACAUCUCACAGCAGUACGACUGGACUGGCUUUGUCCCACUCUGCAUCAUCUUCCACUUCUUCCCCUGGAGCAGGAGUAUCUAGUUCUAUUUCUCAACCUGGUGGAUUACAUCCUUUGGUCAUCCCAUCAGCUGUAGUUUCUACUCCUGUCCUUUCCCAAGCAUCAGGACCUAUUUCUACCCCUUUAUUACCCCAAGGACCUAGCAUCCCACCAUUGGUGCAACCUGUUGCCAAUGUGCCUGCUGUACAGCAGACACUAAUUCAUAGUCAGCCUCAACCAGCUUUGCUUCUCAACCAGCCCCAUACGCACUGCCCUGAAAUAGAUGCUGAUACACAACCCAAAGCUCCUGGGAUUGAUGACAUAAAGACUCUAGAGGAAAAGUUGCGGUCUCUCUUUAGUGAACACAGCUCAUCUGGCGCUCAACAUGCCUCUGUUGCGCUGGAGACAUCACUAGUAGUAGAGACCAGCGUCACACCAGGCAUCCCAACCACUGCUGUUGCACCCAGCAAACUCAUGACUUCAACUACAAGUACUUGCUUACCACCAACCAGUUUGCCAUUAGGAACAGCUGGUUUGUCCAUUACACCACUGGUCACAACUGGGCAAGUUUCUACCCCAGUCAGCACUACAUCAGGAGUGAAACCUGGAACUGCUCCAUCAAAGCUACCUUUAACUAAGGCUCCAGUGCUGCCAGUGGGUACUGAACUUCCAGCUGGUACUCCAUCCAGUGAGCAGCUGCCACCUAUUCCAGGACCUUCACUAACUCAGUCCCAGCAACCUCUGGAAGAUCUUGAUGCUCAGUUAAGAAGAGCACUUAGUCCAGAGGCUAUUGCGGUGACAUCCGCAGUUGGUCCUGUGUCCGUGGUGGCUCCAGCGGCAGUUACAGAAGCAGGAGCACAGCCUCAGAAGGAUGUUUCUCAAGUCACAGAAGGUUCUGUCCCAGCAGCUAGUUCAGGAACUGGUGUUUUCAAGACGGGGCGAUUUCAGGUUUCAGUUGCAAUAGAUGAUUCCCAGAAAGAGGGUAAAAAUAAGUCAGAAGAUGCAAAGUCUGUUCAUUUUGAAUCCAGCACUUCAGAGUCCUCAGUGCUAUCAAGUAGUAGUCCAGAGAGUACCCUGGUGAAGCCAGACUCUAAUGGGGUAACCAUCCAUGGUAUCUCUUCAGAUAUGCCACAUAGUGCCCACAAAACUCCUGCCGCAGAAGCAAAGUCAGAAACUGGGCAACCUACCAAGGUUGGGCGUUUUCAGGUGACAACUACAGCAAACAAAGUAGGUCGUUUCUCUGUAUCAAGAACUGAAGACAGGCUCACUGAGGCAAAGAAAGAGGGACCGACAGCAUCUCCUCCUUUUAUGGAUUUGGAACAAGCUGUUCUUCCUGCUGCAAUACCAAAGAAAGAAAAGCCUGAACUGUCAGAGCCUUCACAUCUGAAUGGGCCAUCUUCUGAUUUGGAGGCUGCCUUCCUAAGUAGGGAUGUAGAUGAUGGUUCAGGUAGUCCACACUCCCCCCACCAACUGAGCUCAAAGAGCCUACCUAUCCAGAAUCUAAGUCAAAGCCUUAGUAACUCACUCAACUCCUCUUACAUGAGUAGUGACAAUGAGUCAGAUAUUGAAGAUGAAGACUUAAAGUUAGAGCUGCGACGACUACGAGACAAACAUCUUAAAGAGAUUCAAGACCUACAGAGUCGCCAGAAGCAUGAAAUUGAAUCUUUGUAUACUAAACUGGGCAAGGUUCCUCCUGCUGUCAUUAUUCCCCCAGCGGCCCCCCUUUCAGGAAGAAGAAGGCGACCCACUAAAAGCAAAGGCAGCAAAUCUAGUCGUAUCAGUUCCUUGGGGAGUAAAAGCCCCCAGCUUUCAGGUAAUAUGUCUGGUCAGAGUGAAGCUUCAGUCUUACACCCCCAGCAGACCCUCCACCCUCCAGGCAACAUCCCAGAAACUGGGCAGAAUCAGUUGUUACAGCCCCUUAAGCCAUCUCCCUCCAGUGACAACCUGUAUUCAGCCUUCACCAGUGAUGGUGCCAUUUCAGUACCAAGCCUUUCUGCUCCAGGUCAAGGGACCAGCAGCACAAACACUGUCGGGGGAACAGUGAAUAGCCAAGCUGCCCAGGCUCAGCCUCCUGCCAUGACGUCCAGCAGGAAGGGCACGUUCACAGAUGACCUGCACAAGUUGGUAGACAAUUGGGCCCGAGAUGCCAUGAAUCUUUCAGGCAGGAGAGGAAGCAAAGGACACAUGAAUUAUGAGGGCCCUGGAAUGGCAAGGAAGUUCUCUGCACCUGGUCAGCUGUGCAUCUCCAUGACCUCAAAUCUGGGUGGCUCUGCCCCCAUCUCUGCAGCAUCAGCUACCUCUCUAGGUCACUUCACCAAGUCUAUGUGCCCCCCACAGCAGUAUGGUUUUCCACCUACCCCCUUUGGCACUCAGUGGAGUGGGACAGGUGGCCCAGCACCACAGCCACUUGGCCAGUUCCAACCUGUGGGAACCACCUCCUUACAGAAUUUCAACAUCAGCAAUUUGCAGAAAUCCAUCAGCAACCCCCCAGGUUCCAACCUGCGGACCACUUAGUCAGACCUAGAGACAUUAACUGAAUAGAUUUGGGGGCAGGAGAUGGAGUGCUAAGGGGAGGGUGGGAGGGGGGAUGGGGAAGUAGCCUAUAUACUAACUAACUACUAGUGCUGCAUUUAACUGGUUAUUUCUUGCCAGAAAAGAAUGUUUAAUACUGCUUAGAGCCCUCAGAAUGGAGAGUCUUUCUCCCCUUCACCAUUAUUGGAGUGGGACAAGAAGUAAUGAGCAGCUUUCUUGUGAUGGGGCAGCUUCAAACUAUGCUUUCCUGUUUACCUAUACCCAACAGUGAGGGCUAGGAAAGAGUAUGGUGUUUUAUCAGAAAGCUACUAGAACGCUCAAAGGAAAACCAAACCCCAUCUGUACUUUCAGUGGGUGGAGCUCUUAAUCUUGGUACCCACCCCAGUCCCUUAUUCGCUCAAAUCUAAACCCCAAGACAAAAAGUUUUGGGCUGUCUCCUACCCUGUUCCCCCACCCAUCCCCACUUUUUUUUCUCUUUUUUUCUCUUUAGAACCCAGUGAAAAACACCAGGGGACUGAGGUUUCAACCUUUUCUUAUAAUAGGUCAUUAGCGCUUUAAGCAAAUGAUAUUAGCAGCAUUAGCAAUUAGGAAAAAAAGUUCCCUGCGGACAUGUUACUUCGCCAUCAGUUUUGAUGUGGAAACACUGUGAUAUAUAAAUGUUGUUGGACAACAGUAGUUUUAAGAUGAAAAUAUGAAAGGUUUAAAAAGUUGAAAAAAAGCUAGCUCUGUCCUUUACUUAUUGAGACACUUUAACUUUUUCCUUUGUAUUUCCAUUGUAUUAGAUAAAUAAAUGUGAAUGUAAAAUUGUAUAAAUUACUGUACUUGAAUACUUCUGUUGUCCCAGUAUUGCUUGCUGGAUAUUUUAGUGCCUUGGACUUCUAUUGCUUCUGCCAUUAGCAUCAACUUCUCAUCAGACCCCAGAUCAGCAAAGAGUGUAUGGAAAGAAAUCUAAGGUCCACGUGACCCCAUCAGUGGAUUAUGCCAAAGGGAAAUUGAGAGUAUUUUUUUUAAGUCAUUCAACAAUUUUGUCUAGAGCAGGUGUAAGAUGAGCAGGGUGAGAAGUUAAGUUGACAUCAGUGGUUGAAAGCAGAAAGUUCUGUUUCAGAAAUAGUGAGGAGGGGUGUUAUAACAAAAUUUAAAAGAUGAAGGGUGGUGUGUGAUAAGUGAAUGAAAAAGAUUAAAGAAUGGAAGAACAAACUUAUUUUGAAGAUAUGUGGUACCUGGCCAAUGGAUGCCAUCCAUAAGCCUUACUCAUUUGAGCUGGGCUUGAACAGACCUAGAAGAAAUGGCUGAAUAUAAAGGGGAAAGGGGUGGGGGCUGGUUUUGAAGUUGGGAAACCUGAUAGUGAAAAGUCACAGAUAGAGAAAGCUGCUCUAAAGAAAACUUGGAUUGCUUUCCUCUUGUUUCAAAUGUAUUUCUCAUUUUGGGGUACUGUAUUUUUGUAGAAAGUGGACCCACUCAUUUCCUAUGUGAUAUCCAAAUGGUUGCAGGAUCAUAACCUAUUGUGCCACUUUUAUUUCUACAAUUAUAACUGAUAGUCUCACAUUUCAUAUAAACAAAUAUUCCCCUUAAUAACUGCAACCAACCAGUAUUAUUUAGUGCUGUGCCUAGUUGUAAUGGGCAGUUCUAUUUUUUUCAGAGCUUUCAGGAAAUACUCUCUUAAUUGGCUUUGUUUGGGAUCUUUGUUAUUUCUGAAGAUGGGGAAAGAAGCUGGGACUCUUAAAUUUUGGGGUGCUUCUUGACUCUUGUGCUGGGAAAUUGACAUAUUCCCAACCUCUUACCCAUCUCAAUGGCACAUCCCUGGAAUCACCACAGUAGGAAGGGCCUGGUUGGCUAUCCUAUCCUGUUGUUCCUUCACAGGCCCUGUUUUAUUAAGUUAGCCUAGUCGUCAGAGAUAUAAAAGAAAACUGAAGGUCUUAGGAAGGUAGAAAUGAAAAGGGCUGGGGUUGCAAGCCCUGCUUCAAAAUUAUUAUUUGUUCUCUGCUUAUAAUUCUUGGGGAGAUGGUAAGAGUAAGGACAGAACAAAGAUGGUGCCAAGUAAAUGAAAAAUGGACCACCUGAGACAAAUGAAACAAUACUUCCUACUAUAGAGGAAUGAGGGAACCAAAUGCAGCGCAUUAUUUUGUUAUUUUGGCUUAAUAAUUUUGAGAUCUCUUUACAUAAAAAAAAAAAAAAAAAACCUGGUUUUAUUUACUGUUGAUUUUUUUCCCUCCUGUGGAUGAAAUAACUGAAGCCUAGAGGAAUGAACUAGUGCUACUGAACUAUUUAAAUUAUUUUUAUGUUAAUAGUACACUUUGAGUAUCUUUUUCCACAUUAAAAAAAUCUUUCCGAAUUAUAAAUGUUUUCCUUACAUUAUUUAACAAUGUACACUGUUUAAAAAAAAAAAAAAAAACAAACUGAAUUCAAACCUUGGGGGUUUCUCAGCAGCCGUUAAUUGUACAUUUUGCACUAACUCUGGGUGUUGCGCUUCUUGUAAGAUUGCGCUUUGUGCUUCAGUUUGUUACCUUUGUAGACUUAUUUAAUGAAACCAUUCAAAUAAACGAAACUUGCUUUUGUUGAA